UUAUUCAGUUCUUUUUUAAACGUGCUCUUGAUAAGAUAUUUUUAUUUUUUUAACGUAAAAGUCGAAUUCAAAAAAAAAAAAUUAAUUAUGGUAUACGAUAAAAUUGAUGAGACUUUGAUUCCAAUACAAAAAUGGGUCUCGGAACAUGAUACUUUACCAAAAAUUGAUACUCUUGUUCUAAAACAUUUUAUAAAUGUUUGUAAUGGUAAUAUACAAGAAAUACAAAAAUUAAUUGAAUUACAUUAUUCGAUACGGAACAGUUAUUCAAAUUUGUUUAUUGAAAGGGAUCCUACUUCAAAGGAAUCACAAAAUAGUUUAAGAGCAUCAGAUGUUAUAUAUUUACCAAAAUUGACAUCAGAUAAUAGUAUUAUACAAAUAUCAAGAAUUUCUGAUCCUGAUCCAGAUAAAUAUAAUCAUCCAGAAACAGUUAAAACUGUUGCUAUGGUAUAUGAUAUGCUCUUUCGUACAAUACCAGAAACACAAAUAAUUGAUAGUGUUAUAUCAAUAUUUGAUUCAGCAAAUAUUUCAUUAAGACAUGUAUCAAAAAUUUCUAUAUCAGCAUUACGUGGUUUUAUGAAAUUUUAUGAAAAAGGAACAGCAUAUAAAAUUGCACAAAUUCAUGUAAUUAAUUGUCCAUCAUAUAUAAAUAAAAUUAUGGCUGUAUUAAGACCAUUUAUGGCUGAUCAUAUUAAUAAAAUGAUCAAUUUUCAUCAACCAAAUUCACAAACAUUAUUUAAAUAUAUUUCAAAAGAUUUAUUACCAAUUGAAUUCGGUGGUACUGGAGAAUCAUUAGAAUUAUUAAGAAUAAAACAAAGGGAAAAUUUAAUAAAACAUCGUGAUUAUUUAAUAGAUUUAAAUUAUUGGAAACAUAAAGAUAAAAUUGUACCAAAAAUUGAAAAAGAUUUUCAAAAUUUAAAUUUAGAUUAAUUAGAAUUUAGUUUAAAAUACUUUUAAAUCUAAAUAUGUAGUGUAAAAUAAUUUUUUAAAUGGAAUUUUGUUUCUUUUAACAAUUAUUUUUAAAAAUAAAUUUUUA